UUCCCGCCCCGCCGCACUCACCGCCCUCAGACCCGUCGGGACCCACCAGAUCCGCUCCCCGAGGAUGCUGCGCUCCGCCGCCCCGGGACAGGCCCUGCUGCUGAGCGCCCUGCUGUGCCGCCUGGCCGCCGCCGGCUAUGCAGCACUACCGACAGCAGUCAAUAUAACUUGGUCUUCAAUCAAUUUUAAAACUAUACUACAGUGGCAGCCAAAACCAUCAGAUUACUUCUAUACUGUAGAAAUACACGGACAGACAUCUGACAUUAAAAAAAAAUGCAUACGGACAACAGAAACAGAGUGUGAUGUCACUGAUGCGCUCAAGGAUGUGAAAGAGACCUACGUAGCCCACAUACUGUCUGUAAUGCCCGCGGGGAUGGAUAACUUUGAAGAACCACCUUAUGCACUUUCUGAAAAAUUUACCCCUUAUAGUCAGACUGUUAUCGGAAAACCAGAGAUAAAGAAUUAUACACAAAAAGGUUCAGAACUGAAUGUUGUGAUCAAAGAUCCACUUACACCAUAUACAUUUCCUAAUGGAAGCUUUCAAAGUAUUCGAGAUAUUUUCCAGCAUGACCUGGAAUACAAACUCUACUACUGGAAAGACCAAAGUUCUGGAAAGAAAGAUGCAACAACAAAAAGCCAUACGUUUGAAGUAAGCGUUGAGAGCACAAAGAACUAUUGCUUCUAUGUCCAGGGAUUCGUUCCGUCCCGCAGAGAAGACCGUAACGGUCAAACCAGCGUGAUGCACUGCACCACUGCACAAAGGGGCAUCUUCGACGAAUAUGGAGCAGAAGUCUUUAUCAUCGUAGCAGUGAUUGCAAUUGCAGUCAUCACUCUUGCCAUUGUCCUACCAGUGAUUCUGUGCAAACGCAAGAAAGUAAGAACUGCGAGAGAAAAGCAACCACUUAAUGGUGUCUAAGGAAAAAGUAUUGUGGACACUAAUGGCAGCACCAAGGCAAAAAAACCACCACAACAAAAAGCCAUAAAUUGGAUAAUUGGGUGGAGCUUUUUAGGCUCUCUGAAACAGGAAUUUUGAAGCCCAAAUUUUAGUGGCUGGAGGCUGGAGGAGCAUUCUGGUGAUCUGAUACAAUCAUAGAAUUGUAGAAUAUGCUGAGUUGGAAGUGACCCACAAGGAUCAUCAAGUUCAACUCCUGGCCUUGUGUAGGAUACCCCAAGGCACACACAGUGUGCCUGAGAAUGUUGUCCAAACACUUCUUCAAAUCAGACAGGCUUAGUGCUGUGACCACUUCCUUUGUGAGCCUGUUCCAGUGCCCAAACACCCUCUGUGUGAAAAACCACCUCCUAAUAUCCAACCUAAACCUACCCUGACUUGGCUUCAUGCCAUUUUCUCGAGUUCUGCCACUGGAAACGAGAGUGAAGAGUCAAUGUCUGCCCUCUGCUUCCCCUCAUGAGGAUGCUGAAGACAGCAAAGAGGCCUCCCCUCUGUUUCUUCUUAUCCAGGCUGAACAGACCUCAGCUGCUCCUCAUAUGGCUUCCCCUCAAGACCCUUCACCAUCGCCCUCCUUUGGAUGCUCUCUAACACCUUAGUGACUUUCUUAUAUUGCAGUGCCCCAAACUGCACACAAUAAUUCAAGGUGAGGCCGCCCCAGCGCAGAGCAGAGAUGGACAAUCCCCUCCCUUGACCAGCUGGCCAUGCUUUGCCUGAUGCCCCCCAGGACAGGGCUGGCCCUCCUGGCUGCCAGGGCACCACUGACUCAUAUUCAACUUGCCAUGAACCAGGACCCUCAGGUCCCUUUCCACAGUGCUGCUCUCCAACCUUUCAUUCCCUAGUCUAUAAACAAAGCCAGGGUUGCCCAGUCCCAGGUGCGGAAUCCAGCACUUGCCCUUGUUAUACUUCAUAUGGUUGGUGAUUGCUCAUCUCUCUAAUUUGUUAUGGUCUCUCUGCAGAGAGCUCAACCCUUGUCAUAGACUGUUCCCAAGCCACUUCUAUUGUCCUGUCUGAAACAGGAUUGUGAACUAAAGGUACUUUUGGCUUGAUCAGUAUGGCCUUAUUGAGCCAGAAGAUUUAUGGUACAGCUUUACGGUACUUGUGAGGGGAAAGAACACUACUUCUGAAAAAUAUGUGUCCUUUACCUAACUAAAGGAAUAUCAUUCUGUUUCUGUGAAACAAAACCUGUAUUUAUCUGCCUUUUAAUAUUAUUAACUGGUGAAAUGAUCCGUUAGUUCAGAUGUGACAAAAUUGCUACUAUUAUUUCUGCACUUCUUGGAUAAAAUUAACUUGGUCUAUUUAUAUUUGAAUAUAGACAAUUGAAGGUAAACAAACUGAAACUACUCUACUAGUGACUUGUAAGGAACUCUCUUGGAGCAGGUACCUGCUAUCCCUCUGGAAAGCAUAUCCAGAUUACACUACAUUGAGAGUUGUACUGACAGGGCAGUCUGAUAGUUCCAAGUAAGUGUUAGAACAAAUACUUUGCAGGGUUUGAGUCAGUAAUAACUCACUCCAUGCAAGCACUGAAUAGGUAGUAUUUACUACAUUUUGAACAUAAUUUUUAACUAAACAGCUGAUGAAUGAACAGUUUCUGUGGCAUAGAUUCAAAUAAUCUUGGUAUUGGGAUUUGAAGGUAGAUGUUGCUUUGUCUUUUAAUAUUUAUUUUAUAAACGAGAAUCUAACUUUUAUACUGGUGAUAUCUGUAUUUAUGGUGAUAAUUUAUACUUUUCUAGUGAAAUAAAGGUGACUGGAAAAAUAA